AAAAUAAAACAAGUCAAGACAAGUUUUAUUUGGCACGAUUACCCGUGUGAAAAUCACGGGUAUAGUUAAUUAAUUAAAAUUUAAAAAAGUAUUGUUUACAAAUUUAAUAACAAAUGAAUAAAAAAUUCAAUAGUCAAAGUAUUAACAACGUGGAUUAUUUAACAAGAGUAAUUCAAAAAUGGAGUACAAUGACAAUGGAGAUGGUAAUUGUGAUCCAGAUUUAGAAGCUCGUCUCUAUGCUGAAAUAUAUUAUUCCAAUGAGACAUAUCCUGAUGACAAUACGACCAAUAUAAAUACACCAAGUUCAUCAAAUGCAACAGUUGGACAAUCAACACCUCGUAGUUUAAAUAAUGACAAAUCUAAUAGUGAAAAAAAUGCGUGUAAUUGGAGUUUUGACACGAGGCCAGGACAAGAAAAUGUUUGUUCAACAACAUAUUCUGUUAAUAAUAAAAAUCCAAUGGGAAUGGAGUGUCAAUCACCAUCAAUUGAACCUUACUCACGAGCAACUGGUAUGUUUCGUAAGCCUUAUCGUCCAACAAAAAAUUCAUUUCAAUCACCACAUAAACAAGAUCAUCUAAAAUCAUCAAAUGAAUCACCAAGAUAUUCACGUCGUAAUGAUGAACAAUAUAGAAAUGACAAUAGAACAACAAGAUCUGGUCAAAGAUUUCAAAAUACACCUAGUAAUGAAUCAUAUUUACAAUUAGAAGCACCAAGAAGAUCAAAACGUUUGAGAUGUCAAGAUGAACAAUUUCAAAGAUUAAAAGAAAUAAAUAAAAUUAAAAGAAAAAAACAAAAAGAAAGAAAUAUGAAAAUUAGAAAACAAGGACAGCACUCUAAUAUUAAUGAUCCUGGUAGUCAUUUUGUUGAAGAUAUGAGUGAUGGUGAACUUGGUGAUGUAUCAUUUUUAGCACUUGCUGAAUCAAUUGAUCAAACAGUUGAAAAUAAUACACCAGAUACUGUAAAUAAUAAAUCAAGAUUUGAUAAACAAACUAGUUGUUCAACUCCUAAAGCUAGUAGUGAUAAAAGUGCUGGUAAAAAACAAAAUAAUUCAGUUGUACAAGAUAAUUCAAUAAUUGAAUCUGAAAAUACAAGCCUUAAUAAUUCAGUUAUUGAUGCUUCUUUAUCCAAGUAUAAUGUAUUGGAUAAAAAUAAAAAAAUACAAGAACAAAGUGAUGAUUUAAAUAAAAAUCAAAGUAAUAAUAAUAAUGGUAAUGAAUCUGAUUCUGAUGGUUCAAUAUGGGAAGUACCAGUGCCUCCAAAACCAGCUCCACCACUUAUUGAUUUACCUGAUUCUGAUGAUGAGUUAAACAACACCAAUAAUAAUAAUAGCACUAGCAGUAGUAGUAGCAGUAGUAGUGAUGAAGAUGAAGAAGCAGAAGAACAACAGUCAUUGUCUCAAGCCAUAGAUGAAUCACUUGACAAUACAAAUUUAACACAAGAACAUGAUGAUGAUGAUGAGCUUAUAGAUGGAAAUGAAAAUUCACAAGAUGAACCAGAAAUGUCAAGUAAUAUUAUUUUAAAUUGUACAACAGUUCAAAGGGGAGCAUCAAGUCUUGAUGAAAUUAAACGAAUGAGAGAAUUAACUGUUACAAAUUGUACACAAGAUGAUGAAGACAGUAUGACAGAGAGUGAGGCAAUGAAUUGGCUCAGUAUUGAAGAUCAAAUGGCUAAUGAUGAAGAAGUUAGAAAAAAAAAUAAAUCACAUGGCGAUGAUACAGAAUCAUGGCAAAAUUUUGAUGAUUCAAUUAAUAUUAGUAAUUCAAAUGAUCAAAAUAUUUCUAGUGGUGAUGAUUGUACUAUUAAUGAUAAUAAUAAUCCAACAACAAGUCAAGAUAAUAUUAAUCAAGAAAAUUUAGUAAUUAAUAAUUCAAGUGUUACUGAAAAUAUUGAUUCACGUAAUUUAAAUGAAGAAAUGGGUCCACCAAAAACAACAGAAAUGUUGAAAAAAAGAAAACGUAAUCAUAAUUUAUCAAAUGAAUCUGAUAAUAAUUCUAGUAAAUCAUCAAGUCCUCAAAAACGUCAAAAACAAAAUAAAAAAUCAACAGCAAGUAUGUCAUUUGAUGAAUAUAUUUUUCAACCAUUACCUCCAGAUUUAGUAUCUUAUUAUAAUGAUGAUCGAAGUGGAUUCAUGAAUCUUGAAGUAUCAGAAAUACAAUGUCGAAUGACAAGAAAUCCAAAUCUAUGGGCAAUACUUGAUGCAGAUAUGAUUUCUUCAAGACGUAGAUUUUCACGAGUAACAUGUUCAAUUUGUCAAAAAGAAGGACACAAAAAAGAUCACUGUCCAUCAAAACCAAAUGUCAUGUCUUGUAGAAUGUGUGGUCAAGUUGGACACAAAGAAUCAACUUGUCCUCAUACAAUGUGUCUAACUUGUGGAAAAAAAUAUCAAUCAUAUAGAAAAACUUGUGAAGUAUGCAAACUUUUACGAUGUACUACAUGCAGAGGUAUUGGCCAUGAUAAAACUCAAUGUCCUGAUCUCUGGAGGAAAUAUCACAUGACGACGACGGGUGGGAGUGUCAAUGUGCCAGAAAAUUCAUCAAGUGUGAUGAAGCCAAAGUAUCUGUUGAGCUGCAGCAUCUGUAGACGAAAAGGACACGAUGGAUCAUCUUGUCAUAAACGAAACAAUCUCAAGCAUUUUAUAACACCAGCAUUUGUUACAAAUUAUCAUUGUGAUGCAUUAGUUGAAACAGUUACACUUAGUGACAGUGAUGAUAAUGAUGAGUAUGAAAAAAAUACACCAGAAAUUAUGAUUAUAUCUGAUACAUCAGAUAGUGAUAGUAGUGAUGAUGGAGAUGACGAUGACGAUGAUGAUGAUGAUGAUGAUGAUGAUGAAGAUGAUUAUAAUUUAUCAUCAAGUGCUAAUUCUCAACAGAAUAACUGGGAUAUUGAUGAUGAUGAAAUUGUUGAGGUACCUGUUGUUAAAAAAAUACAUCCAGUAUUUGCUGUUAGUGAUAGUGAUGAUGAUUCUGAUUCACCCAAUGUAAUUGAUGAAAAAGAAAAAGAAGCAGAGGAAGAAGAAAAAGAAUCAGAGGAAGAAGAAGAAGAAGAAGAAAAAAGGGAUGGAAAAGAUAAUUGCAAUAAUUCACUAGAGGCUCAACAAAGUUUGAAUACAAUUAAUCAAACCAAUGAAUGUACUGAUGUUGUUGAAAGUUUGAGUAAUAAUCAUGAAAACAUUCCAAAUAAUAAUGAUGGUGAUUUUAAUAUUAAUAUUGAUAAUAUUCAAGAAAGUAAUGAUGAUACUUUGAGCAGUAUUGAUAAUAGAUUAAAUUUAUUUGGUGAUUAUAAUUUAAUUAAUGACAAUGAGGAAGAAAAUGACUUGACACCACCAGAAAAAAAAUCUGAAAGUUGUGAUGAUAAAGUUGUUGAUGAGGUGACUCAAAGUAUUAACGAGACAGUUGGUAUUAGUAAAACUGAAAAAACUGUUGAAGAAUUAAAUGACGUUGAUAAAAAAGAUUUGGAAAUUGAUGAAUUAAAAGCCGAUCAAGAAGAUGAAAAACGAAUUUUAUCAACUGAAGAAACGUCUGAUCAUGAAAGUAAGAUGAAUAUUGAUAAUGAAAUAUUAACUAAUAAAGAUGAAAAAAUAACAGCACCAUUACCUGAUUCUUUAAAUGAAUUAAAUGACAAUGAAAAACCAAGUCGUGACUGUGACCUCGAUGGUAUUGAUGAUACAGUUGAAUCUGUGUUAGAAAAAAAUUGCUUAACAAAACAAACAGAAGUAAAUUUAAUAUUUCAUGACACUCCUGAAAUUGAGAGUAGCACUAGUACAGCAUUAAAAAUUGAUACAAAUAUUAUUGCCAAAGAGACAGUUAACCUUGAUGGUGAUGUAGAAUUAAAAAACAAUUUUGAAAAGUCUCAAUGUGAGAGUAAUGAAUUACUGGAAAAUGUUGAUCAAUCACCAGCACUUGAUUCAGACAAUUUUAAAUCACAGCAAAAUGAUACAAUUUGUUCAAUAAACAGCAAUGAAUUGACGUCCAAUUCUACACCAGAUACAUCAGGAACAACGCCCUGUAUUCCAACUGGUAGAAGAGGUGAAUUAAAAUCAUCAUCAAAAUUAUCUUGUUGUAAUUGUACAAGAUCAGGACAUGAUUAUUCAACUUGUACAAGAUAUCGUUGGUCUCAACAUUUUGUAACACCAAGUUAUGUAACAAGCUAUGAUAAUGGACCACACUAUGAAAAGGAUAUAACAGCUAGUAAAAAUUUACAAUUAAAUAAUCAGCAGCGAGAAGAAAAUGUAACAUCACCAAAGACUAAACUGUCUGAUAAACGAAUAUCAAAACAAUUACAAGAUAUUCUUAAUCAGCGAAAAGAAGCAGUCAAAUCAAAUCAACCAGUAGUAUCUUUAAAUGAAGCUGUUGCCAAUAUGGAUCCAGAAGUACUUAAAACAUUUCGUUCAAUGAUGGAAACUUUACCAUUUCAAGCACCAAUUGAACAACGAAUUCAACAAGCAAAUCAAUCUGUUCAACAAGAUCCAAUUAUAUUUAAAUUUGAAACACCUGGCAUACCAUCAGGUACAUUAAACUGGCAAAGCUUAAUUAUAAUUCCAAAAGAUGAAGGACUAAACUAUCCAUUUGAUAGCAAAACACAACCAGGAGUUCCAAAAUUUCUAAAAACUCAUUUAUCUACAAAUUCCAUUCAAUUGCGAGUGUUUGUUGAACAAGUAUCAAUGCAAGAACAAGAUUUUAAAAUAAUUAUUGAAACAACUGAUCCACAAUUAUUUAUACCAUUAAAACUUUUGUUGAAUCAAUGGAUGAGUUCCAACAAGGAAGAUCGUAUAACUAUAGAACAGGCAACACCAUUGCCAACUAAACAAAGUAGUCUUGUUGAUGCAAUCAAUGACAAAGUAACAAAAUUUGCUGCAUUAACAAUGCUAAGAGCUUAUGGUUGUGUAUAUGAAGUAAAAAAAUAUAACAAAUAUUUAUUGAUGUCUAAUAAAAAAGAUGAUGUUAAAUCAAGUGAAGAAAUACGUAAAAUAAUGAGAAUAAAAAAAGAAAGUAUUGUUGCCAGUCUUUAUAAUUAUGAUUUAAUAACAAAUGGCAAAAAAACAUUAAUUGAAUUUAUCAAUUUACAUGAAAGAAUUAAAAAAAUUGGUAAAAGAUCCACUGUGCCUCCAGAACUUUAUUUAAGUAUGUUGUGCUUUAAUUUUGAAUUAUUUACUGGACAUUUAAGAAGUAACAUUACAGAUGUUGUUUAUAAAUGGAAAGAUGCAGCAAAUAAAAAAGAUAGUAAAAAUCAAUUAAAUAAUAUAACUGCUUUUAUACCAAAAACAAAAGUUGCUAGAUCAUUACAAAAUUCAUACAGAUCAAUAUGUGAAGUUGCAAAAAUAAAUAUUGGUACUAGAGUUAAAGAAAAUUUUAAAAAAAUAGCUAUUGAUGAUACAACACAAAAAGUAAUUGAAUUUUUUAAACAACAAAAAUUAAAUGACAAUGAUAAAUCAAGUGAAAAUUCAAAAAGCUUUAAUUCACCUGACAGGUCAGUGAUAGAAGAGAGAAGAAAGAGAAGAAAACUUAGAAAGAAAAACAAAAAACUUGCAAAGAAAAAAUCUACUGAAAUUGAAACAAUUGAAAUUGAUGACGAUGAUGAUGAUGAUGAUGAUAAUGAUGUUGUUGAUGUUGAUGAUGAUGUAGAUGUUGAUGUUGAUGACAAUGAUAAACAAGCUGAUGUCUCAAAUUCAUCAGUGAUUGAAACAAUUAAUAACUCAGGAAAUACUGAUCAACAAAUUAACGCUGUGAAUUCAUUAUCAAAUGAAAAAUUACCUGAGGCAAUUCAAGAAGCAACAGCUACUUCCUCAAAAUCUCCAAAAACUCCAAAAAAAACAUUACGUAAAAAAAAAGAUCCUAGUACACCAGAUCAGCCAAAAGAAUCACAAGCACCAUCAACUCCCAAUCAAAAUCUUCAAAAACACAAUGAAAUUCCUACUCGUCUACUUGAUUUACCAGAAGAUUUACCUGCCAAACAUGACAGAAGACAAAUGUCAGCACCAUUGAUUAUAAAAUUAGCUCUUGCAGGUACUGAAUACGUACGUCGUCAUAAUUUAAAUGCCCUAGAAGAGCAAGCUACUAAAGUAUCACAAAGUGCAUCACUAUUAACUGCCAAAACAGAUGAUAUUAAAAAAUUAUGGUUAAACAUUAUUAAAGCUAGAAAACAACGUUUGUGUGAAGAACAAUCAUCCAGCACAAAUGUGACUAAUCAACUAUAAAACUUUGAAUAAAUUUUUAAAUAAAAAAAAAAAAUUGUUAUUACAUUAUUUCUGUGUAUAUAUAAAAAAUUUUA